AUGGCAAACGUUGGCAUUAGAAGCAGCCCCUCGCUGCGCCUCGACGCCCCGCUCUUCGUCACCUUCUUCCAGUGCGCCCUCACGGCCGCCCUCUGCCUGGGCCUCAGCCUGGGGACGGCCUGCGGGCCCCCCGGCUGCCCCGGCCUGCCCGCCCUCCGCCUCGACCCCAAGGUGUCCCGCAGCGUCCUGCCCCUCUCCGCCGUCUUCAUCGGCAUGAUCACCUCCAACAACCUCUGCCUCAAGUACGUCGGCGUGGCCUUCUACAACGUGGGGCGCUCGCUCACCACCGUCUUCAACGUGCUGCUCUCCUACCUGCUCCUCAAGCAGACCACGUCGCUCUAUGCCCUGCUGGCCUGCGGUGCCAUUAUAGGUGGCUUCUGGCUGGGUGUUGACCAGGAAGGAGCAGAGGGCACUCUGUCAUGGGCUGGUAUAUUCUUUGGGAUCUUAGCAAGCCUGUGCGUCUCACUCAAUGCCAUCUACACCAAGAAGGUGCUGCCUGUGGUGGAUGGUAGCAUCUGGCGCCUGACCUUCUACAACAAUGUGAAUGCUUGUGUCCUGUUCCUCCCCCUCAUGAUGCUGCUGGGCGAGUUCCGCACUCUCUACCACUUUGACAAGUUGGGGAGCCCCAGUUUUUGGGGCAUGAUGACGCUGGGUGGAGUGUUUGGCUUUGCCAUUGGGUAUGUGACUGGACUCCAGAUCAAGUUCACUAGCCCGCUCACCCACAAUGUCUCUGGGACAGCCAAGGCCUGUGCCCAAACAGUGCUGGCUGUUGUCUAUUUUGAGGAGACAAAGAGCUUCCUGUGGUGGAUGAGUAACUUGAUGGUUCUGGGGGGCUCAUUUGCCUAUACCUGGGUGAAAGGGCUGGAGAUGAGGAAGGUACAAGAGGAACCUACUCUCAGAAGCAGUGAAAAAAGUGAGACUGGUGUGUAGGCAGCUCUAGCCUGCACCUCUGCUUCUGUGCCUGGGGAGCUAACCUUCAAUGCAAAAGGAGCUGGGAGCAGGAAGAAGUUGACCUGCGAAGUGUAUGAGAAGUUGUGUCAGGAACCAGAGCCAAAGGCCUGUCUGGGCUGUAUUUUAUUCACUGAAUCUCACCCUGUCUCUGAGUUGGGAAAGCAUGGCUUAGAAAGACUGAUCGGUUACAGUGAUUUCUUUUUAAAACGCAUGUUUCUGUUCACCUAAUCUGGACAACUUGCUUCUCUGGAGGUUGGAGGUACAGUGGACAAAGAACAGGAUGAGAGCUGUGUGUAUAUGGUGAUAGAGAAUGACAGCAAACUGAAUUAACAUAGUCUGAAAUGAUGAAAUCCUGAACCUUCAUGAAAGGAAGAAGCAGGUAGCCAGACUGUCGGGGACAGUCUCCAGUGAAGUGUUCCCCUAUAGUAGAAUUGGCAGGAGUAAUUCUUCCCAUUACUCACCUUAAAGCAAAGGACUGGAACCUUCCUCCCUUCUAGUUCUGUACAAGUCUAAGCAGAAGCAGUGCCUCUAAAUCUCAUGUCCAAAGAGCCAGCAUCUCUUCCUGUUGAGGUCUCUUGUGGCUAUGUUUCUGUACAUCAGGUUUCUUAGUUCAAGAAACUGUCCAAGAGGCAGGGCCAAACUUCUAAUUCCCUCUCUACCCUCUUCUGCAGAGGGAGAGCAUAUUGUCUUAAAUGGUGUGCCUUUGUUGAAGAGGAGCAAGGUGUCUUCCUAUUUCAGGAUUAGAAAGGAGGAGGGGGGAAAACUUGUGUAGGGUGGAGAUCCCAGGACAGAGUUCACAUUUGUCCUCUUUCCCCUCUGUGUAGGGGAGAGGUUUGUGUCUGACAACUGUGUUGUUACUAAUUAGGCCAGUUUCGGGGGACUUGUGCCAUGCCUCCUGUUGAUCCCCCUCUGGUGUUUGUGGUUUGUCUUUUGGCUUGUUCCUUGUAACUUUUUUCCUCCUUUUC